AUGCUCUUGGCUUUCGCUGCCCUCCGUGACUGUGAGGCCAUGGACUUGGAGCUCCUCGCCUCCUCCUCGCUUGAGGUCUGCGUGAGAGUGACGCUGGAGCAAGCCAUGCGAGCCUCUAGAGCUUCUUCGGGAUGUUUCUUCCUGUUGGAGGAGCCGACAAGCUCGCUCAAGGUUAUGGGCCUGCCCGGGGAGUCGUGGACCUCUCCGUCGAUCAGUGAAGACAGCCUCUACCCGCUCUCCUCCUCCGCCCUCCUCCGCAAGACCAUCCGCGUCGCAGAUCAUCUUGCAAGCCCCCUCGCGCUCUCUUCCUCCCUCCCCUCCGCCUUCCCCUGGUGGCGCCACGUCCGCAACUCUCUUUGCGUCCCCGUGAUUUGCCCAGGAGGAGCUGAAAAUGCAGGAGGAGGAAGAGGAGGGGGAAGAACAGCAGCAGCAGCAGCAGGACUGCUGGGAGUUCUCGUCAUGGUCAACAAGAAGGAGGCAAUCUUCCGCGGGUUCGACGACGUGGACGCGAAGGUGGUGGCGGUGGCGGGGAGGAAGUUGGCGAUGGCGAUGGCGACGGUGAGAGGGCGCGAGGAGGCGCAGAAGAAGCUCAAAGCGCAGGAGGCCCUCACCUCCUGCUGCUCCGACAUGCUCCUCCUCCGUGACAGACGCGACCUGCUCCAGCUCGUGCGAGCUAGAGCUGGAGCCGUGUUGGAGUGCGUGUCAGGAGGGCUGCUGCUGCUGGAGGAGGCUCCUGGAUCGAAAUUGCUGCUGAGGACGCUGGUGGAGAAGGACGAGAGCGGAGCGCUGAAGGAAGUGACCAUCCAUGUCCCUCCCUUCCUCUUCGACAGCGACGCGGAGGAGGCCAGCAAGCGCGAGGCUGCGAGCAAGCGAGGGAAGAAGAAAGGGAGGGAGGAGGAGAAGAGUCGCGUAGGGCUCUGGCUUAAGCAGGAGGUGGCCGCUCACUCGCUCUGGCUCAGCGGCUUGAUGGGAUCGAACGCGUCCAAGGGUGGGGGGGCGUCUGCUUACUUCCUCGCGCCGCAUCAGGAGCAGGGGAGGCUGCAGGCUCUUCUCCUCGUGCAGUGGCAGGGCAGGCGGAGACUCGAGGAGGACGAGGAGCGUCGCAUCUCUCACCUCCUCGCAGCUGCUGUCACCUGCAGCAAAGCCAUCGCUGAGCGAGAUGACGAGAGGAGGCGAGCGGCAGAGGAGGCGGCGAGGCUGAGGAGGAGCAGAGAGCUGCAGGAGUUCGUGCAGCAGGUGGUCGCGUGCUCGAGUGCAGGAGAGAUGAGGAGUGUCCUGCAGUCGGCCGGCAAGAGGCUCGCGCAGGCUGUGCGUGUGGACAUCUACAGCGUGAGGGAGGGAGGAGAGCGACUUGCAUGGCACGACCUUGAGCGGACGGGCGACGGGAAGGAGCUCGAGCUUCUCCUCCCUUGUGAUGGCCUCGUCGGCCUCGCCGUCUCCUCCCGCGCGUCCGUGAGGGUCACGGAGGCCUCGUCGCAUCCUCGCUUCCUCCAGAUGGUCGACCAGCGAUCGAGUCGCUGCCGGCCGAGGGACAUGCUGUGCAUGCCCAUCCUCGCCUGCUCCUCGGGCCGCACGGGGCUGCCGCACGGAGUCAUCCAGCUGACGAACAAGGUGGACGGAAGGAGCUUCGAUGAGGAGGACGAGCGGCUGGUGCAGGAGCUGGCGGAGGUCGCGGCGCUGGUGAUGGAGAAGGAGGACAUGCAUAGCGGGAGGGGGAGACUCCUGCAGGCUCUCUGCCGCAUCAGCGACAGCCUGGAGCUCACCGACGUGCUCAAGAACUUGCUGGCGGCCAGCUGGGCAUGGGCGGGGCAGAUGGCAAGCGAGAUCGAAGUCUGGACGUGCUCGCCAGAGCAGCCGGAGGCUCUCGUGCUUGCAGGGAAGCAAGAGGGCGGGAAGGAGCCCUGCGUAAAGUUCAAGGAGGAGGGAAAAAGCUGGCGGGUCUGUAAGGAGGAGGAGAUUCUUCUUGCUGCGAGGCAGAGCAAGCUCAGCGUCUCCUCCUUGGCCUCUGACGCCUCCGUCUGCUACCUCAACCUGCCCAUCCGACACGGGGAACAGGAGGAGAAGCGGGAGAGCCGCGGGCUGAUCCGCAUGAGGUGCAGGGAGGAGGCGGCGCAGGGAGUGGAGUCCAGCUCGUUGACCCUGCUCGCCACUCAAGCGGCUCGAGCGAUGAAGAACGCGGAGGCGCACGGGGAGGCGAAUCAGACGGUCCAGAAGGACCUGCUGCUGUUCCGACGAGCUGAGAAGAUCAGCCGGUGCCGCUCCUCCCUCGACCUCUUCAAGGUCACCUGCGCCAUCGCAAGCGAGGCCGUUGGAGCCGAGCAGGUGUCGCUGUUUGCGGUGGACGAGGAGGGGAGGCACAUCAAGGAGGAGGUGAGCGCAGCUGGACAUGUCGCCCAGACCUCCUCCCCGAGCUACCGCCUGAAGCAUCGCGUCGCCAUCCUCGUGCUGCAGGCCAUGAAUGACUCCGGCAGCUUCCUGGCAGAGGACGUGGAGGAGGGAGAGGGAGGAGGACGGGACGGAGUCGUGCGCAAGCACUGUUGCGGAACACCGUUGUGGAAGUCAGGAGGAGCAGGAGGAGGAGGAGGUCAGAGCCGAGGGGUUGAGCUGCCGCUCUUCGGGGUCCUCGUGUGCAUCCGCAAGGAGGAGGAAGGAGCCUUCGCUGCCCACGAGCUCGCAGCUCUCAACCGCCUGGCGAUUCUGGCGACCGAUCAGAUCAUCUCCAUCCGCGACAAGGCGACGAAACUUGGACAGUCGCUCGUGCUGUCCAUGCGAGCGAUGCAAGCGAAAGAACCUGCGGCUGUCUACGGCAAGGAAGAAGCCUCCUCCUCCUCCUCCUCCUCCUUGCUUCCGCUGCGCAAACUUGUAAAGUCGGAAGCUGCUGAAGAGCAGAAGCAAAGGCAACCAGAGGCCCUGAAGGAGGAGGAAGCCGGGAAGAAGCUGAAGCAAACAGACUUGAACGAUGAGGAGCUCAAGGAAAAAGACCUUGAGGGGCAGCAGGCACAUCAGCAGGAGCUGAAGGAGGAGAAGGAUCAGGAACAACAUCUCAAACAAGAGCAGGAGCAGGAGCUGGAGAAGGAUCAGGAGAAAGAGAAGGAGCAGAAGCUGAAGAGGCAGCAGGAGAAGGAGAAGGAGCAGGAGGAGCUGAAAUUGGAAGAUCUAAAGGUGAUGCAGGAGCCAAAGAAAGGAAACCUGGUGGAAGAGGAGCAGGAGGAGGUGAAGGUCGAAGGUGAGGAGAUGAAAGAGGACGAGCCGCAGAAACAAGACCUGGAGGAGCCGCGGAAGGACCUGGAGGAGCCGCGGAAGGACCUGGAGGAGCUGCAGGAAGAGACAAGUUCUGCCAUGACAAGUAGCGGAGAAGACAGUGAGACUGUGAGUAGUGUCAACGCCAAGCAGAAGAGAAGAGCUGACAGAAAUGAAAGAAGAGCAGAGCUUACAAAAAUGAAAGAAGAGAAGAGCUUAAUUUAG